UGUUAUGAUGAAAUUUGAGCAAUACCAGGAAGGGAGGAAGGAAUCAUUUCAUUUGUGCGAAUAUGAAGACGAUGCUUACGAGGUGCUGAGGCUGUCAAUGAACAAUAACUCUAACUCUCUCUUUCCUUUGUUUCUCAUUGUUAUCCCAAUUUCACUUCACUAUCAAACUGAGACAAAACUUUAACUCUUCACCCUAUUCUUCCAAGCUAUGGAACCCUGGCUUCCCCAAGACGAUUUUCUUCUCAAAAAUGCCAUCGAGGGCGGAGCGUCGCUGGAAUCGCUGGCGAAAGGAGCGGUUCGGUUCUCGCGGCGGUUUUCCGUUACCGAAUUGCGGGAUCGGUGGCAGGCGCUGCUGUACGACCCGGACGUUUCCGCCGCGGCUCUAGCCGCGAUGGCGCAUUUGGAGGCCGCGAAGUACGGCGGAGCCGCGGGGACCAGCGAAGGUGGCGGAGGUGGGAAGAAGAGGAAAUCUGAAAGUAUCCGGAAGCAUUACUUUGCAAUGCAAAGAAGACUUCGCGGGUGCCGGCAUUCCGAUGCAAAGAACGCGACUGAGGGGUGUGAAGGUAACGGUCGUGGGUUGGAAGUGAGAGUGAAUUCGAAAGGUGAGUGUGGCAAUGGUGGGUUGAGAAUAAAUGCUCCUGAUGAUGCUGUGUUGAGAGAUGAUGCUAAGAACGAUUUGGAAUGUCUCUUGAACUCGGCAAAUGAGGAUGGGCUUGUCUUUAUGGAUGUAGAUAGGAAGGAGGUGACGGCUGUGGAUAAGGAUAAGCCUAGUUAUGAUAAUUUUGAUUUGAUUCUGUCGAGUUCCCCUUGUGAUGUUCAGGGUGAUAGUGAUGGCCGUGAGCCAUUAGGUGGCGGUUGUGCUGAUCAACAUUGUGUUUCUGAGUCUGGAAACGAUGCUGGAUCCUCUGGUGCUGUGCAAAGUCCUCUCCCUGAACGCGGUGAGGGUUAUAUGAUCUGUGUUCUUAACACUGAGGACACUGACAUCCCGAGCAAUGACCCUACAGAUAUACCCAUUUUAUUUCCUGAGUUGAUGCCUCUGAAAUCCCAACCAGUUAUUCAAGAGUUGGGUUGUUUGGAAUCUUCCAUAAAUAAUAAAAGAAGAAAUGAGUCAGACGGAAGCCUGAAGAUAGAAGCCGUUCUUUCUCAGUCUUUUGCAGCUUUGCAAACAGUUUGGCAGGGGUUGAUGCCUAAUGUGAAUUCAAGUCACCGACCUCUUGUUCUUGGACUGAAAAGUGAAAAUCCUGGAAGAAACUCUACAUCUGCAGUUUCUAGACAGAAUAACAAUGUGAAUGCCAACAUCAACCCAAGUCAUGGUAGAUUAGUUCGUGCAACUGUGAUGCCUGCCUCAGAUGGACAUCUGAAACAAGAGGAAACUAAUGCUCCUGCUUCUGCACAUUCAAAGGCUGAGGAACAUACGGCUUUAUCUAAAUCAGAAGUAAAAUCAUUAUCUCUCGAUCAGGAAGGAUGUGAUAUUAAAGACGACGACGAUGAGGAUAAUGAUAAUGAACUUCCUAACUUUGCUGAUGUUGAGGAAAUGAUUCUUGAAAUGGAUUUAUCUCCAGCAGAUCAAGAUACAAAUGCAAGUAGAGAAGUCUUGCAAUUUCAACACGAACAAAGUAAGAGGACUAUAAUGAGAUUGGAGCAAGGUGCUCAGUCCUCAAUGGGAAGAGCCAUUUCAUCUCAGGGUGCAUUUGCUGUAGUGUAUGGGCGCAUCCUGAAGACAUACAUUACUAAAAGCAAGGUUAUACUUGGCAGAGAAACACAUGAUGUACAUGUUGACAUUGACUUGGGGAGAGAAGGGCAAGAGGCUACCAGAAUAUCUAGAAGACAGGCUGUAAUAAAGUUGGAAGCAGAUGGUUCUUUCAUUAUUAUAAAUCUUGGCAAGAGAUCUAUCUUCUUGAAUGGCAAAGAAAUUGCCACAGGACAAGCGCGGGGUCUUAGUGCUGGUAGUUUGAUCGAGAUUUUAGGCAUUUCACUCAUCUUUGAGACCAAUAAUGGUUGCGUGAGGAAGUUUUUAGAAAAUGAGAAUGAGAAGAGAUGAAGAUAAAAGAAAGACAUAUAUCUACCUUGUAUGCCCGAGAUGGGGUAUUUAACAACAGAAAUGGCGUCGAAGUUCGAAUGUUUAGAAUUUUAGGAUAGCAUUCUUAUGCCAGCCAAAAAUAGAAGUUAUACUGACUAUUGAUUUAUGUUAAUGUGUUGCCGAUCGAAAGUCAGAAUUCAAAGUGUACAUAUAGAUAGAAAAUGGAAAGGCUUCAUAAUAGAUUAUAUAAUAUAAUAUGGCUGCUGUGCAAUGGGAACUGGUUAUUGUUGUUUAAGUUUCUUAUGGCAUUUUGAUGUAAUAGGGUUUUUUUUUAAUGCAACUGACGUCCCCAAGUAAGAAUAAUCAUCAAUAAAUCAAUAAAUAACUAUGGAACAUGGUUUCCAACAAUGUUAAA